AUGUCUUAUAAUUACUAUCAAUCAGGUCCAGGCUGGGGUACAUCACAGUACAGGUUUGGCCGACCUCCAACGCCCGGUUUUCAACCGACACCAUCAUGGGGUGGUCUCGAUUUCUUUCGUGCCCACGCAAUCAAUGGUGAACCCGAGUUCUACCAGUCCAUCGUGACCAGCAUGCCCCAGUUUGAAUCCACGGGUGUUUUCGGCCUCGACGAGGCGAGAUAUUGGCAUCGACGCAUCUAUGGUGGGAUGGUAAACCUGUCACAGGUCCUCCCGACGGACAUCGGCAGUGCAGCAGCCUACGAGGCCUAUCGACUGUACAAAUACCACAACAUCUGCGCGCCGCUCGGCGCCGUGCCUGAGAGGCAGCGCGAAGGUUUGGUCGCCAUGGCCAUCGCGGAAACCACGCGUCUAUGGCAGUUCACAGGACGGUCGCUCGACGCGUAUGGGAUCAGGGCGGCAGCCGGAUCGGCGGCGGUGACGGCUUCACGCAUCGCGGAGAGUGUCAUGAUGAACAGCGCCAUGGGGGGCAUGCCUGGGAUCAAUGGUGCAGGAAUGGGCAUGGGAUACGGCGGCGGGAUGAUGGGCGGAAUGGGUCCCGGCAUGCCCGGCGGAAUGGGUGUGGGCAUGGGCGGCAUGGGUGGCGGCAUGGGCGGCGGAAUGGGCGGCGGAAUGGGCGGCGGCAUGGGCGGUGGAAUGGGCGUGGGCAUGCUCGGAGGCAUGGGCGUGGGCAUGCUCGGAGGCAUGGGCGUGGGCAUGCUCGGAGGCAUGGGCGCCGGCGGGCCAUACACGCGCGACUACGCAUACGACAUGCCCGCGCGCUCUCGCAUACGGCGCUCCUCCAUCUCGUCGUAUGGCGCCGGCCCCGCGAGCGUGAGCGCGUCCCCCAUGCGGGUCCCCGCUGUGGGCGCGUCGCCGUAUGGUGGCUCGCCGGGCAUGGGCAUGGGCAUGGGCAUCGCUGCAGCCGGGAGUCCGUACAUGGGUGCGUACAGCGCAGGCAUGCCAGGGACGCUUGGAGCAGGCGGGAUGAACGGUGCGUAUUCCACAGGCGGUGCAUAUCCCAUGCCGGGCGCGGGGUACGCCCCAGGCGGGCUGGGCGGGGGCAUUCCUUACACCACGGGUGCCCCGGUGACUAUCUUGCCUUCCCAAGGCGCGUACGGGUCAGGUGCCGCGAUGUAUGGCGGGAUGCCAGGCGGGAUGCCCGGGACCACUAUGGCUUACGGUGGCCAGCCGAUGCAACCGGGGUCGACAAUCGUCAUCCAAGAGCCAAGACGGCACCGCCACCGAGCACAUAGCGUUGAUCCUAUGCGAUACUAG